UUCAAAAGUAGUAAUGAAGAGAUCAGCAUUUAUAUUUUUAAUUCUAUUGUUGCAGAGAUCUACAUAUUGCACCAUCGAUAUAAACGUAUCAGAGUUACUAUAUCUAUCACAUAAGUUAACACCAAAAGUAUGUCGUAAAUUGUACGCCGCCUUACAAUUCCUGACUUAUGAUCUUCCAGCAACUUUAACCGCUGUUGAACAAAGAAUAUCAAGUAAUGAAACCUGCUUCAAGCUUUUAGCGAAAUGGAACAGUGGUACAGAAAAAUGGGAAGGUAAAGGCAAAUCUCACAUUGAAGUUGAACACAGGCUGCGGCAAAUAGGAAGACGAGAUUUAGCAGAUUGGCUUGGAAAGACAGUCUUUCAUAAACUAUCAGUAAAUGUUAUGGAUGCUUUAAGUGAUUCUUUUAUUGAAAACGAUACGGAACUACCAGUUCUAAAACUAUAUCAAAAAGCAAGAGAAAAUGAUGAAUGCUACUGGACUAUGCUGGAUUCUGUACUUUGGUUUGUUCUGAUAGGUGUAAUUGGGAUGAUAUUGGUUACACUUUGUCGAAUUAUAUAUUUGGCAUGUAAAAAAAGAGCGGCGAAGAAGAAUGGGCAUGAAGAAAUGCUUGACCUACUCAAUCGAGAAAAUGUGGAUAGUGAUCAAGAAACUAUUUUUGAUUACGAAUGUGUUGUGAAAAAGGAAUGAUUCGAAAGAACUAUAGAAAUACUUUGAUACUACUACUUAUGUUUGUUUCUUACAGUAGUGCAUUGUUAAUUUUAA